CACCUGGCCUCUCGCCCGCUGGGGCUCGGCUUUCGCUUUCAGUCGCCGGCUGGUGAGCGCAGCGGAGCCUGGAGAGAAGGCGCCGGGCUGCGAGGGCGCGAGGGCAGGGGGCAGCCGGACCCCCCGCACCCAUGGCGCCCGCCGCCGUCUGGGCGGCUCUGGCCGUCGGACUGCAGCUCUGGGCCGCGGGACACGCCUUGCCCACCAAGGUGACAUUUACACCCUACACCCCAAAGCCCGGGAGCACGUGCCGGAACAACGAAUACUAUCACCAGACAGCUCAGAGGUGCUGCAGCCAGUGUCCGGCGGGCCAACAUGCAAAAGUCUUCUGUACCAGGACUUCAGACACUGUGUGUGACUUCUGUGAGAACAGCACAUACACCGAGCUCUGGAACUGGCUUCCCGAGUGCUUGAGCUGCGGCUCUCCCUGUAGCUCUGACCAGGUGGAAACUCAAGCCUGCACCCAGCAACAGAACCGCAUCUGUGCCUGCAUGCCCGGCUGGUACUGCGCGCUGGGCAAGCAGGAGGGGUGCCGGCUGUGCUCGCCGCUGCGCAAGUGCGGCCCGGGCUUCGGCGUGGCCAAACCAGGAACUGAAAAAUCAGACGUGGUGUGCAAGCCCUGCGCCCCGGGGACGUUCUCCAGCACGACUUCAUCCACAGAUAUUUGCAGGCCCCACCAGAGAUGUAACCUGGUGGCCAUCCCUGGGAAUGCAAGCAUGGAUGCAGUCUGCCUGUCGGAGUCCCUCACCCAGAGCACGGCUCCAGGCCCAGCACACCCACUGAAGCCAGUGUCCACACGAUCCCCGAACACGAAGCCAACUCCAGGGCCCCGCACGGCUCCAAGCACCUCCUUCCUGAUCCCGAUGGGCCCCAGCCCCCCAGCUAAAGAGAGCACUGGCAACAUCGCUCUUCCAGUUGGACUGAUCGUGGGUGUGACAGCCUUGUUUCUACUAAUAAUAGGAGUGGUGAACUGUGUCAUCAUGACCCAGGUGAAAAAGAAGCCCUCCUGCCUGCAGAGAGAAGCCAAGGCGCCUCACCUGCCUUCUGAUAAGGCUCGGGGUGCCCAGGGCCCUGAGCAGCAGCACCUGCUGACCACAGCGCCGAGCUCCAGCAGCAGCUCCCUGGAGAGCUCAGCCAGCGCUCAGGACAGGAGGGUACCUACCCAGAACCAGCCGCCGGCAGGAGGCGUGGGGAAGGCCAGCGGAGCCGGGGAGGCCCGGGCCAGCACCGGGAGCUCAGAUUCUCCCCCUGGUGGCCAUGGGACCCAGGUCAAUGUCACCUGCAUCGUGAACGUCUGUAGCGGUUCCGACCACAGCUCACAGUGCUCCUCUCAGGCCAGCGCCACAACGGGGUCCACAGAUGCCAGCCCCUCGGGCUCCCCGAAGGACGAGAAGGUCCCCUUCUCCAAGGAGGAGUGCGCCUUUCCGUCUCGGCUGGAGACACCGGAGACCCUGCUGCAGAGCACCGGAGAGAAGCCCCUGCCCCUCGGCGUGCCCGAUGCGGGGAUGAAGCCCAGUUAACCAGGCUGGUCUGAGCUGCGUCGUAGCCAAGGCGGGCCAAGCCCUGGCAGGAUGACCCUGGGAAGGGACCCUGGUCCUUCCAGGCCCCCACCACUAGGAGUCCGGGGCUCUUUCUGGGGCCGAGUUCCUUUAGCACCCUCCACAGCUGCAGCCUCCCUCUGACCUGCAGGCCGAGAGCAGAGGCAGCGAGUUUUGGAACGCCUCUGCUGCCUCGGUGUGUCCCUCUCGGAAGACUGGCUGGGCGUGGACGUUCAGGGCACCCCGGGGCGAGUCCCUGCCUCUCUGUGAGCUGCCCCGCCCAACUGGACCUACGAGCUUGGCUUCUGGAGCCCUUGGGUUGUUCGUGUGUUUGUUUCUCCCUCUGGGCUCUGACCCAGUUCUGGCUUCCAGAAAACCCCGGCAUCCUUCUUCGCGGAGGGGCUUUCUGGAGAGGAGGGAUGCUGCCUCCGUCACCCGUGAAAAGAAGACAGUGCUUUGGCCUGAUGCUGAGACUGCAGGACGGUCCCGGGGCCCUGUGCAGGGAGGAGGUGGCGCCCUGUAGGGAACGGGGUCCUUCAGGUUAGCUCAGGAGGCUUGGAAAGCAUUACCUCAGGCCGGGCGCAGUGGCUCACACCUGUGAUCCCAGCACUUUGGGAGGCUGAGGCGGUGGAUCACCUGAGGUUAGGAGUUUGAGAACAGCCUGGAAGAUGGUGAAACUGUCUCUACUUAAAAUAC